AUGAAACUUCUGACGUGUUCCCUGUGGUGGCUGGCGCUGUUGGGUGAGGGGUUACUCUCACGGGGAAGGCACUUGUCCAAAUUCGCACCGUCACUAAAGGAAGAAGGGGAGUUGUUCGUGGAGUCCCCGUACGAGUGUGAGCACAGCGGGUUUAUAAGUCUGCUGAAGAGGAACCCUCUCUACUUUUGCUUCUUCCUCGGUGAAGGAGAUAACUACGGAUUAGUGCUUAGAACGUACAAUGCGGAAGACCUCAAGUGGGAACCUCCAACAGAGGUCCUAAUAACGAAGCAAAAAAUAAAUCUCUACACCUUCAUAGAUGACUACAUCUCUGAAAAACUCAUCCUGAUUUAUUCCUACGACCAGAAAAUACGCGUCACCGUUUUUAACAACUACAAAGAGCCAUCCACGGAGACGUAUAAAAUUGGGGUGAACUAUGAGAUCGUCCAUAUGGCUAACUUAACUUCUAGAGUGACGUACUUUUUCAAAAAUAGGAAAUCCAUCGUCGUCUGUGGAAUGAACAGAAGUAAUAACAUCCUCUGCUCCUUCUCCUUCGACUACGGACUAACCAUGAAGGACGAAAAUGCAAUAGAAUUUAUUCUAAAAAAUAAGAUCCCCAUGGGUAGCUACAAAAUGCACGUAGAAUUUAAUCACCAAUAUGUCUACUUCAACCUGUAUGAUGACGUCAUCCAGGAUAAUGACUACGAGCUGAAGUGCACCCAAGGGUUGGAGAAGGAAUACACGUGCGAUAUCCUCACUAAGCCACUUAAAGAAACGGAAAGCAUUCAAUACAGAGGUGUCCUGAGGAAUAACAUGUUUCAAAGUAUCGUCUACGAAAUGAAGGAUAAAUGUUACAUCGGUUGGUCCUUCAACUCGGUCAGCAUGAACAGCGAGAUUGAGUUCCUCGUUUCGGAUUCUCCCUGUUCGCACGUAUCACUUUUUCACCAUGGGACGUCUUUGGUGGUGGCUUACCAGCGGGGUCCUUUCGCCCCGGUGGGCCCCCAGUUUUACCGGAUCUUCGAGAACCUGCACGAGAAGGGAGCCGGGUGCGAGUUCCGCGUGGGGGGCAGUCUAUACGUGGCCAGCACCUUCACCAACCAGCAGUGUCACAUCGACAUGGAAAACACAGACACAAACCCAGACAAUGAAGACGAAAUAAGCUUCAACAUCGUGGUCCCGUCACAGUACGACAUACAGGACUCCACCUGUUUCGUCUCCAACGAAAUGUAUGACAAUGAUAAGACAACUUUGUAUUACCUGGAGAGAGAACAAGUGGAACAGGAAAAUCUUUCCAUUUUUACAUUCUACUUCUAUCGAUAUAUAGUAGACCACACCAAUGUGAAGCAAAGCACUUGUACCUUCAUCCAUGAGAAGAGGAAGGAAAAACUCCAGGUCUCUCUCACGUUGGAAAGUUCCUACAAGGAGGAGACAUGCAACAUUGGAUCAGACGAUUUGUGUGACUUUAUCAUCCAGGGGAAGAGCAAAAUAGUCAUCCAUUUUGAGGAGCAAGACUGGGAAGUCGACAGUGAGCUUACCAAUGCAUCCCGUGUCAUUUACAAUGGGAUUUACAUUCCUCUACACAACCUACUCAGUACGUCCAACAUUAAUGAGCUGGUUCAAGUAACCACGAACCAAGUUUCUAUUCUUAUCCCUAAUACAAUCCCCUCCAGUAGAACCGCCAAAAUUGUAUUUACCAGUAGACACGAGGAGGGAAGGGCUAAAACUGCCUACCUCAGACUGCAAAAAAAUAUGAACCCCAUGAAAAAAAUAUUAGGAAUAAAUUUCUCCUCCUCAUUUGACAUAACCUACAAGUACUAUAAGCAUUACCAGGAAAACGUAAAGUUCCUCCUAAACGAAUUUAACGAGACAAACUAUAUUGGGAUGGUGUGCGAAACGCACGUCCAAAUUACGGCGCCCCCAUGCACCCUCACAUUAGUGGAUCACUCAAAUAAAACCUUUCACAUCCAUUCAGUCUUCCCAAAGAAGGUGCCCUUCCUGUACAGCUACAAAAAGAAGAAACUCCCCUAUGCGCAAAACCUCUACAUAAGCGAAACGAGAUUUGUCGUCUUCAAGCAUUUCAACUCUAUCCUCGAACAGAAAAAUAUUAAAUACCUCUACAUCAAGUGUGUGUGCAAUACAAAGGACAUUGAAGGCACGGACACCUACAACCAGAUAGACUUCAUUAUUACCACAGAGAAUAUUUCCUCGGAGGUGAUUCAUUCACGUAAGGUUAUCGAGCUUCCAAAAAAUUACAAGGAUGACAGUGAGGUGGAAGAGGAAAAAAACGCCCCACCAAAGGAGAGUAAAGAACUCCCCAAAUUUAAGCAAUCCCAUGAAACACCGGAACGAAGCAAAAGGGGCUCCUCCUCAAAGCCCUACGCGAAGCUCUCCGGCCUUAAUGACCGCUCUGGGAAGAAUAACUUCUACAGGAGUUGCGCCACAUGGGGGAGGUUCUCCCUGUGCGUCGUCUUCAUUGUCUUCCUCUUCUUCCUCCCCUGA